GCGAGAGGAGCACAAGAACCCAGCUGGGUUUCCUCGUCCCACAGGAGAGGGCGUCGCAGAGCUCACAGACAGGACUGCUCUCCUGCUCGCGGUGACUCUGGCACCAGCUUGUGGAGCAGUAGGUGAUGGUGUCCUUGAUGCAAGGCCGGCUGCCCAUCAAUCAAGAUGUGCUGCUGAUGCAGAAAGGCAUGCUGGUGCGCAAGGUGAGGUCCAAAAGCUGGAAGAAACUAAGAUACUUCAGACUUCAGGAUGAUGGCAUGACAGUCUGGCAUGCCCGGCAGGCAGGAGGCAAGGCCAAGCCCAGCUUCUCAAUCUCUGAUGUGGAGACAGUGCGUGAGGGCCAUGAGUCUGAGCUGUUGCGCAGCCUGGCAGAGGAGUUCCCCCUGGAGCAGGGCUUCACCAUCGUCUUCCAUGGCCGCCGUUCCAACCUGGACCUGGUGGCCAACAGCGUUGAGGAGGCCCAGAUAUGGAUGCAGGGGCUCCAGCAUUUGGUGGACUUUGUCACCAGCAUGGACCAAAAGGAGCGGCUGGACCAGUGGCUGAGUGACUGGUUCCAGCGUGGAGACAAGAACCAGGAUGGUCGCAUGAGUUUCCCAGAGGUCCAGCGGUUACUACACCUGAUGAAUGUGGAAAUGGACCAGGAAUAUGCCUUGCAGCUUUUCCAAGCAGCAGACACAUCCCAGUCUGGGACUCUGGAAGGAGAAGAAUUUGUAGAGUUCUAUAAGGCGUUGACUAAGCGCCCUGAGGUAGAGGAAGUGUUUGAAAACUUUUCAGCUGAUGGGCAGAAGCUGACCCUGCUGGAAUUUGUGGAUUUCCUCCGAGAGGAGCAGAAAGAAGGAGAAAGAGCUUCAGACCUUGCUCUGGAACUCAUCGACCGCUAUGAGCCUUCAGAUAGUGGCAAAGUGCGACAUGUGCUGAGCUUGGAUGGCUUCCUCAGCUACCUCUGCUCGAAGGAUGGAGAUGUCUUCAACCCAGCCUGCCUCCCCAUCUACCAGGAUAUGACUCAACCCCCGAACCACUAUUAUAUCAACUCCUCUCACAACACCUACCUAGUGGGGGACCAGCUUUGUGGCCAGAGCAGCGUCGAAGGAUAUAUACGCGCAUAGAAAGGGGGGUGCCGCUGUGUGGAGGUGGAUAUAUACGGACCUAGUGGGGAGCCUAUCGUUUACCAUGGACACACCCUGACCUCCCGCAUCCCGUUCAAAGAUGUCGUGGCCACUGUAGCACAGUACGCCUUCCAGACAUCAGACUACCCAGUCAUCUUGUCCCUGGAGAACCACUGCACCUGGGAGCAGCAGCAGGUCAUGGCGCUUCAUCUGACCGAGAUCUUGGGGGAGCACUUGCUGAGCACAACCUUGGACGGGCUGCUGCCCACUCAGCUGCCCUCGGCCUGAGGAGCUUCGAGGAAGAUCCUGGUGAAGGGGAAGCUACAGACCCUUGAGGAGGACCUCGAGGAAGAGGAAGAGAGGAAGUGCUGGAGUCCUCAACUGGAGGGAGAACAGGAGGCUAGGCCAGAGCUGGAGGCCCAGUUUGAGUCUGAGCCCCAGGAGCUGAGCCCCCGCAGUAAGGACAAAAAGAAGAAAUCCAAACCCAUCAUGUGUCCAUCCUCCUCUGCCCUGGUUGUCUACUUGAAGGCCGUCUCAUUCCAUAGCUUCACUCACUCGAGGGAGCACUACCGCUUCUAUGAAACAUCAUCUUUCUCUGAAACCAAGGCCAAGAGCCUCAUCAAAGAGGCUGGCAAUGCGUUUGUGCAGCACAACGCCUGGCAGUUAAGCCGUGUGUAUCCCAGUGGCCUGAGGACAGAUUCGUCCAACUACAACCCCCAGGAACUCUGGAAUGCGGGUUGCCAGAUGGUGGCUAUGAAUGUGCAGACUGCGGGGCUGGAGAUGGACAUCUGUGAUGGGCUCUUCCGCCAGAACGGUGGCUGUGGCUAUGUGCUGAAGCCAGACUUCCUGCGUGACAUCCAGAGUUCCUUCCACCCAGAGAGGCCCAUCAGCCCUUUCAAAGCCCAGACCCUCCUAAUCCAGGUGAUCAGUGGUCAGCAACUCCCCAAGGAGGACAUGACUAAAGAGAGGUCCAUUGUGGAUCCACUGGUGAGAGUUGAAAUCUUCGGUGUCCGCCCAGACACAACCCGGCAAGAGACGAGCUACGUGGAGAACAAUGGUUUUAAUCCAUACUGGGGGCAGACACUAUGCUUCCGGGUCCUGGUGCCUGAACUGGCCCUGCUGCGUUUUGUGGUAAAUGAUUACAACUGGAAAACCCGACACGACUUUAUUGGGCAGUACACACUUCCUUGGACCUGCAUGCAACAAGGCUACCGCCACAUACACCUACUCUCCAAGGACGGCACCAGCCUCCAUCCAGCCUCCAUCUUUGUGCAUAUCUGCAUCCGGGAAGGACUAGAGGGGGAUGAAUCUUAAGGCGGGCAC